CGCCGAUGUUUUCAAGAUUAUAAAAUAAAGAUUUUAUAAAACAACUUCUUAGUCGAGUGUCAUCCUCGUAGACGCGAAGGUUCAAAUCAGCGACCAUGAAAUCGCCGCUUUGUUUCUGUCUUGUUUUCGCGAUAUCAUCAGUGAUCGCUGUGAACAACCUCAGAGAAGAAUUCACAUGGACCAGGAUCGACUACGACUGGGGGAAUAACAGGAGGACCCGCGAUGUUGAGCUGGAAGAACGUUACGGGUAUAGCUCCAACAGGGGGACUACCAAAAGGCCCGAAACGCAUCAUCAGCAGGAGGAGCUUUACUUCCCGGAUUCGGCACCUGGGUACAAUUCUGGAGCAAGGCCGGGAUCAGGCUUUAGACCUGGCGGCACCAACGGAAGAAAGCCAACAUUGAAACCAUACAAUCCACAGAAUCAAAAUUAUGGCGGUGGCCAUCAGAAUCAGGGUGGAAACCGUGAGCAGAGUCAAAAUUUGGCUGGGGGUCAAUCGAGCAGUCAGACCAGAGAAAAUUAUAUUUAUCAGAACAACAUACCAAUGGGGGCGGGUGUCUGGGGUGACAAAUUGUUCAUCACAGUACCUAGAAGACGACAUGGUGUACCGUCAAGUUUGAAUUAUGUCAGCCUCAACUCCCAAAACAAGCACAAUACUCCUUUGAUCCCAUAUCCAAAUUGGGAAAUGAACGCUCUACCAGAAAACUACAACUCGUCAAAUUUCGACAGUUCUUCCCUCAGCUCUGCUGAUAGAAAUCGUUUCGUGUCAGUCUAUAGGGUUGCUGUGGAUUCUUGCGAUCGACUAUGGUUUGUUGAUACAGGAAGAUUAGAAAUACCUGAUGCACCAAUUCAGGUACAAUCUCCCAAACUGGUCAUCAUGGAUCUUCGCACUGAUAGAGUUUUGAGGCAGUACACAUUCCCUGAAAGUGACCUCAGACAAGCAUCUCUUUUCGCACAUGUGGUCGUAGAAACCGAACCAAACGAUUGCACAAACGCUUAUGCUUACAUACCGGACGUGGGAGGCUACGGUUUGGUCGUAUAUAGCCUCAGAGACAACAGAUCUUGGAGGGUGACCCACAAUUACUUCUAUCUGGAGCCCUUGAGGGGUGAAUUCCAAAUUGCUGGCCAUACCUUCCAGUGGAACGAUGGUGUUUUCAGUACCGCCUUGAGUCCAUUGUACAAUGGCCGUAGAGACCUGUAUUUCCAUUCUAUGGCGGGCACUAACUUGUAUAGAGUCCCAACGGAGAUCUUGAAGAAUGAAACUGCAGCUACCAGGUCCUAUCAUGGCCAGGAUUUUGAAACCAUCGGUGAUCGUGGAGAAGGAAGCCAGACUUCAGCAUCGGCCCUAGAUGAAAAGACUGGGGUCCUCCUCCUUGGUCUGGUCAACCAAAACGCUUUGGCUUGCUGGAAUAUAAACAGGCCUCUAACCGACGUGUCCAUUGUUCAGAGAGACGACGAGAAAAUGAUCUACCCUUGUGACCUGAAAGUCUACAACGACAACAUCUACCUGCUCACAAACACCAUGCCCGGCUUCUUGUAUGGUCAGCUGGACUACAACAUAGUGAAUUUCAGAGUUUGGGUCCAGACCGUAAGGGAGGCCAUAAAGGGAACAAGUUGUGAGGCGGGAUCUGGUAACUCUUACGGCGGUUCUGGUGGUUCAAGAGGGGGAUCUAAAGGAAACCGAUAUGGAAGUAGUGGUUCUAGAGGCGGAUCUUAUGUUGACAAUGGAAGUUAUGCUUCCAGAGGAAGUUACAUGGGAUGAACUUUUUAUUCUGAGAAUUUGCCAUGAUAUUAAAUGUGAAUGAUUUUUUU